CCUGCGCCGUCAACUGUCAGACAAAUUUUUGACUUUUACUUUACGCGCAUAGCAUUGAGUGAAAAGUUUUCGUUCAGCAUUUUUAAAAACAAUUAAUUCAAUUUGAUGAAAUGAAAGUUAUUGGUAAGAUCUUUUUUAAGAAUAGCAAUAUAGUUCUGUAAUAAACCGAAGAAACUCUUGACAUAUUGUAACAUAGCGUAGUAAACAACAGACAUGGCGGAUCCACUAAGUUUGUUGCGUCAAUACAACGUUAAUAAAAAGGAAAUUAUCGAAAGAGAUGGACAGAUUAUAUUUGGAGAAUUCUCUUGGCCUAAAAAUGUUAAAACCAAUUACCUUAUGUGGGGAUCCGGAAAAGAUGGUACCCCAAAAGAGUAUUACACAUUAGAAUGUUUGCUAUUUAUCCUUAAGAAUAUUUUAUUGACUCACCCGGUUUAUGUAAGACAAGCUGCAGCUGAAAAUAUACCAGUAGUGAGGAGACCUGACAGAAAAGAGUUAUUAGCAUAUUUAAAUGGUGAGACAGCCAGUUGCCCAGCUAUUGAUAAAAGUGCCCCACUGGAGAUACCAACACAGGUGAAAAGAUCUGCAGAAUAUGAUGGACCAGAAAGUUUGGCGAAGAAGCCAAGAUUUGAAGACACUCAUGUUCAAAAAGUCAGAGAAAAGCUGGCAGCCAAAUUGGAUGGACCUAAAGAAGCAUCUGUCACAGUUGAUAACAUCAAAUCUCUCUCAGAUGCUAUGUCAGUGGAAAAAAUCGCCGCUAUCAAAGCAAAGCGUUUGGCCAAGAAAAGAACAACUAUUAAAGGAAAUGAUGAUGAUAAAGGCCAAGAGUAUGAUAUUAGUGCUAUUUUAGAUCUUGAUGUGGAUAUCACUAAAGAUAUUAUUAGUAGAGAAAGGCAAUGGAGGACUAGGACGACAAUUUUGCAAAGUACAGGAAAGACAUUUGCCAAAAAUAUAAUAGCAAUGCUUACUAGUAUAAAAGCUAGAGAAGAAGGAAGGCAUAGACCACCCCAACAACCUCCACAAGUUACCCCUAGACAAACACCAAUAAGGGCUACUGCACAACCCUCAGUAUAUAACAGAUAUGAUCAAGAAAGAUUUAAUAGACAAAAGGAGGAAACUGAGGGCUUUGAAAUCAACACUAUGGGUACCUAUCAUGGUAUGUCUCUAAAAUCUGUAACUGAAGGCUCUGCUAAAGCUAACAGACCGACAGCUCCUACUCCACAAACGCCUCUGCCUAUAAGCGCUGCUCGUCCACCACCAGGUGGUCUUCAAAAGAGAGUCUCUAGAACACCAAUAAUUAUUAUACCAGCAGGUACCAACUCCCUAAUCACUAUGUACAAUGUCAAGGACGCUUUGCAGGAGUUAAGAUUUUUGACAACAGAACAAAAAAGAUCCGAAGGUGGUAAACGUGAUAAUGAAGUAUUAAUACAAAGACAAAGAAACGGUCAGACUGUACCUUACAGAGUCGUUGACAACCCUGCAAAGUUAAGUCCAAGUGAUUGGGACAGAGUAGUAGCAGUUUGGGUUAUGGGACCAGCAUGGCAAUUUAAAGGAUAUCCUUGGGACACGCCUGUUGAAAUAUUCGAUAAAAUUGCUGCUUUUCAUUUAAAAUAUGAUGAAAUGAAGAUGGAUCCAAAUGUCGAAAAAUGGGCAGUAACGGUAAUACAACUUUCUAGGACAAAAAGACAUUUAGACAGAGCUGCUCUUAUGGUUUUUUGGGAAAGAUUAGACAAGCAUAUCAUUCAAUAUAAACCACAUUUAAGAUGGUAAACGGAAAAUAAUUAAAUUCUCUUUAAAGAUGUCUUCUAAUGUUUUUUGGAGUGAUUUUCCAAAAAUAUGUUUUUCUGUUAAUAAAGUUAGUUUCGUUAUGUAAACUAUUAUGAAAAUUUAUAUAUUGAUUCUGUAUAUAAUAAAUAA